GACCCUGUGAAGAAGAGAGGGAGGGAGGAGUGCUCUUCCUCUCUCUCUGCUGGCGGCCGCAGGCGCCCUGCUGCCGCUGUCCCAGGGCGGGGCUGCAACCAGAGCAGGGACUGUAUUGAGAGCGUGUGAAUGUCCGCGUGGACCAGGGCCGCGCGGGCCCCGCGCCUCCUACGGCUCGCUCCCGAGUGCUGCUGUGUAUGUUCGCUUCUUGUCACUGUGUGCCCAGAGGCAGGAGGACUAUGAAAAUGAUUCACUUUCGGAGCUCCAGCAUCAAAUCGCUCAGCCAGGAGAUGAAAUGCACCAUUCGACUACUGGACGACUCGGAGGUCUCCUGCCAUAUCCAGAGGGAGACCAAAGGGCAGUUUCUUAUUGAGCACAUCUGCAACUACUACAGCUUGCUGGAGAAGGACUACUUUGGAAUUCGCUAUGUGGAUUCAGAGAAACAAAGGCACUGGCUUGAACCUAACAAGUCCAUCUUCAAGCAAAUGAAAUCUCAUCCACCAUACACCAUGUGCUUUAGAGUGAAAUUCUACCCACACGAACCCUUGAAGAUUAAAGAAGAGCUUACAAGGUACCUUUUAUAUUUGCAAAUUAAAAGAGACAUUUUUCAUGGUCGACUGCUGUGUUCCUUUUCUGAUGCUGCCUAUCUGGGUGCUUGUAUCGUUCAAGCUGAGUUUGGUGAUUACUAUCCUGAUGAACAUCCUGAGAAUUAUAUCAGUGAGUUUGAGAUUUUUCCCAAGCAAUCACAGAAGUUGGAAAGAAAAAUCAAGGAAAUUCAUAACAAUGAACUCAGAGGUCAGAGCCCAGCGAUUGCUGAAUUCAACUUACUCCUGAAAGCUCAUACACUGGAAACUUAUGGGGUGGAUCCUCACCCAUGCAAGGAUUCAAAAGGUGCUACAGCAUUUUUAGGAUUCACUGCUGCAGGUUUUGUGGUAUUCCAGGGAAAUAAAAGAAUCCAUUUGAGAAAAUGGUCAGAUGUCUGCAAAUUGAAGUUUGAAGGGAAGACAUUUUAUGUGAUUGGCACUCAGAAAGAGAAAAGCGCUGUCUUGGCAUUCCAUACUUCAACGCCAGCUGCCUGCAAACAUUUAUGGAAAUGUGGGGUAGAAAACCAAGCCUUUUAUAAGUAUGCAAAGUCCAGUCAGAUCAAGACUGUGUCAAGCAGCAAGAUAUUUUUUAAAGGAAGUAGAUUUCGGUACAGUGGUAAAGUUGCUAAAGAGGUGGUAGAGGCAAGCUCCAAAAUCCAGAGGGAUCCUCCUGAGGUGCACAGAGUCAAUAUUACUCAGAGUCGCAGCUUUCACUCCUUGAACAAACAGCUCAUCAUCAACAUGGAACCAUUGCAGCCCCUGCUUCCUUCCCCCAUUGAACAGGAAGAGGAAGUUCCUCUGGAUGAAGGUGCCCUGUUACCUAAAGUGGAUGUUUCUGAGCCCCUGGUUGCCAGCUCACCAGUGAAGGGAGCUCAGUGUGCAGAUCUUCCAAGUGAAGAGGAAGAUAAAGUAAAAGAAGACCCCUUGACCAUUUCUGAGCUAGCAUACAAUCCCAGCUCUAGCCUGCUCCCUACCCCAGUGGAUGAUGAUGAAAUCAACAUGCUCUUUGACUGUCCAUCUAGGCUGGAGUUAGAAAGAGAAGACACAGAUUCAUUUGAGGAACUGGAGGCAGAUGAACAUGCCUUUUUGAUGGCUGAAGAGGAAGAGCUGAAGGAAGCUCGUCAAGCUUUGUCAUGGAGCUAUUCCAUCCUGACUGGCCGUGUCUGGGUCAAUCCCCUGAUCAAGAGCUUCUCCAGGCUCCUUGUGGUGGGCCUGGGACUGCUGCUGUUUGUGUUUCCCCUGCUCCUCCUCCUUUUGGAGUCAGGUAUUGAUCUCUCCUUCUUAUGCGAAAUCCGUCAGACACCAGAGUUUGAGCAGUUUCACUAUGAAUACUAUUGUCCCCUGAAAGAGUGGGUAGCUGGAAAAGUUAACAUCUUCCUCUACAUGCUGGGUUGUUCAUAAGGUUCAUAUCUGAUAACACUAAGGGCUAUUUUCCAUACCAGCAGUAUCACUUUCAGUAGAUGCUAGGUUUUGAAUGGCCUUGAGUUAUCAAGAGGUAGUCUUUUCUCUUAGCUGACUGCUUAAAGCUUGAAAUAAGUUUUCUGUACUUCAUUGAUUUUUAGUCAAGUUAAAUCAAAUAUAGUUCUUUGAGUACUCACUC